CAUGGCCUGUGCCCAUAAAAACUCUGUCUUGUCGAGUGACAGAUAUGUGCGCCAGCUGCAGUACACCGCUUCCCAACAACAGGACAGCCAUGGGGUAAAACACGGUCAGGUGGUUGAACAGAUGCAAUGGGCUGGGAAAGCAAGCUGAAACCAGUUCCUGACUGGCGGAUCCAAAAGAUAUCAACCCCGGCCCACAGAGGCCCGCAAUUGGGCACACAUCUCGACGUCUCAUCAAACGGAAGGAGUUGCAUCGCACAGCAUCCGCUGAGCGUCGUCCCGCCCGUGCCUUGCUCAAGAUCAUCGCCCGUCCAUCUCGAGAAACAAUGGGGUGAGACGGUGUCGGGCUGUGUCUCUCCUGAUGGAGGGACAGGUGAUACCCAAGAAAAAGCUGGUAGCUAA